AUGAGUAAUUUAUUGUUUCAAAAAUACGAUAGUAAUUCGGCUGACGAGAAUGACGAAGAAUCUCCAUUGAACAAUAUCACUGGUAAAAUUACGACGAAUGCCGACGUUGCGAAUGGAAAUGACAAGCAGUCUAACGAUGAUUAUAAGUUGUAUGUCGAUGAUGCUGUAAAUAGCGAUACAAAUGUUGACUUAGAUUCUGACUCAGAUUUGGAUUUUGCUGAACAACCAAACGAGAUAUUGCCAGAACAUGCUUGUGCAUACUGUGGUGUUCACACCACAAACUGUGUUGUCAAAUGUAACACAUGUAGCAAGUGGUUUUGCAAUUCCAAGUCAAAUUCAAAUGGGUCACAUAUUGUUACUCAUUUAGUCUUAUCGAGACAUAACGUUGUUUCCUUACAUGAAGAUUCAGAUUUAGGAGAUACCACAUUGGAAUGUUAUAAUUGUGGAAAUAAGAAUGUUUUCAUAUUGGGGUUUGUUAGUGCUAAGCAAGAAUCGGUUGUGGUUAUACUAUGUCGUUUGCCUUGUGCUCAACUGAAAGAUAUAAAUUGGGAUACUAGUCAUUGGCAAUCCUUAAUUGAAGACAGGCAAUUUUUACCAUGGAUUGCUGCUAAUCCAUCUGAAGAUGAACUUAUAAAUACGAACUUGAUUACACAUCAGCAAAUAUCAAAGUUAGAAGCACAGUGGAGAUUGAAUAGAAAUGCGACUAUCAACGAUAUUAACAAUGAUUUAGAAGAUGAAGAAGAGAUUUUACCUAUUUUGAUGAGAUAUAAUGAUGCUUUUCAAUAUCAAAGGUCUUUUGCACCAUUAAUUAAAUUGGAGGGUGAUUUUGACAAGAAUUUGAAAGAAUCUCAAGCGUUAGAACACAUUUCAGUUAAAUGGGCACUUGGUUUAAAUAAUAAACAUUUGGCAUCAUUUACUUUAUCUACUUUUGAAAGUAAUGAAUUGAAAGUUGCAGUAGGAGAUGAAAUUAUUCUUCGUUACAGUGGACUUAAUCAAGAGCCUUGGCAAGGUAAUGGGUAUAUUGUUAGGUUACCAAACGCAUAUCAAGAGGAAUUUACCUUAGAAUUAAAUCCAUCGAAGUUGCAGCCACCAACACAUUUAGCGACAGAUUUCACGGCAGAAUUUGUUUGGAAGGGUACGUCAUACGAAAGAAUGCAACAAGCUAUGAAAGAUUUUGCUACUGAGAAAGAGUCAGUAUCGAGUUAUAUUUAUCAUAAAAUUUUGGGACAUGAAGUAGCGCCUAUUGAGUUUGACAUAAAGUUGCCUAAUAAAUUUUCACAUCCAAAUUUAACAGAAUUGAAUAUGUCUCAAACAAAUGCAGUGAGGUCAGUUUUACAAAGGCCAUUGUCAUUAAUUCAAGGUCCUCCAGGUACAGGUAAGACUGUAACUUCCGCAACCAUUGUCUACCACUUAUCAAAGUUAAGCAAGGAAAAAAUAUUGGUUUGUGCCCCAUCAAAUGUGGCAGUUGACCACUUAGCUGAUAAGCUUAAUCUAUUAGGCUUAAAAGUUAUCAGAUUAACUGCUAAAUCCAGAGAAGAUGUUGAAAGUUCAGUCAAUGAUUUGGCUCUACACAAUAUUGUGAACAAAUCUGCUAAAGGUGAAUUGAAGAAGUUGAUACGUUUGAGAAACGAAUUAGGAGAAUUAUCAGAGUCCGAUUCAAGACAACUUAUUAAGUUAACUAGAUCGUCGGAAAUGAAAAUUUUAAAUAAGUGUGACGUGGUUUGUUGUACAUGUGUUGGUGCUGGUGAUAAGCGAUUGUCGAAUUUAAAAUUUAGAACUGUCUUGAUUGAUGAAAGUACGCAAGCUUCAGAACCCGAGGUUUUAAUUCCAAUAGUUAAAGGUGCUAAGCAAGUAAUUUUAGUCGGUGAUCAUCAACAAUUAGGACCAGUAAUAUUAGAUAAGAAGGCGGGUGAUGCUGGAUUAAAGCAGUCAUUAUUUGAGAGAUUAGUCGUGUUGGGCCAUGUGCCUAUCAGAUUAGAAGUUCAGUAUAGAAUGAAUCCUUGCUUAUCUGAAUUUCCAUCAAAUAUGUUUUAUGAAGGUUCAUUACAAAAUGGUGUCACGGCAAAACAAAGAUUAAUUGAAAACUCCAUUUUCCCGUGGCCUGUCCUCGAUAACCCUAUGAUGUUUUGGGCCAACUAUGGUAGAGAAGAAAUAUCAGGUAGUGGUAACUCGUUCUUAAAUCGGGUAGAAGCAAUGAAUGUUGAAAAGAUAAUUACCAAGUUAUUCAAGGACGGCAUAGAACCUAGUCAAAUUGGGGUUAUUACACCCUAUGAAGGUCAGAGAGCAUACAUUGUUCAAUAUAUGUCAAUGAAUAGUACAUUAACCGAAUUAAAGGAAAAGUAUUUAGAAGUCGAAAUUACAAGUGUCGAUGCCUUUCAGGGUAGAGAGAAGGAUUUUAUUAUCUUGAGUUGUGUUAGAGCUAAUGAUCUGCAAGUCAUUGGAUUUUUGAGCGACCCAAGAAGAUUGAAUGUUGCUUUAACUAGAGCCAAGUAUGGGUUAGUCAUUUUGGGUAAUCCAAGAGCUUUGUGUCGUAACACAUUGUGGAAUCAUUUAUUGAUUCAUUUCAGAGAAAAAGGUUGCCUCGUUGAUGGUUCCUUAGACAACUUGCAGUUAUCUAUGGUUCAGUUGAACAAUCUCAAAGCAAAUGUUAAUACAUCACAUUCCAAAAAAUUUGUACCACAUCAACAAUUUAACAACGAAUUCGAUACGGCAAGUAUUAUGUCUUACGCACCGGAUCAAAAUAAUUCUAUGUUAGGGAAACAACAAUGGCCAAGUUUAGGUAAGACAAACGAUGAAUAUAAUACUUUUAUCGAGGGCUCUAAUCCAAUCAAUGCCAAUUUCGUUAGUAAGUUAAAUAAACUAUCUACUAUUGGUAAUUAUUACGAUAAUCUGGGAAAUCUGAACGACGAAAUUAAAAACAUAACUAGUUCAUUUGCUGCAGGGUUUAACUUGAAUUAA